CAGGCUCCCAACCAUCUAACCCAAGAUGUCUGAUGAUGAGAAAAAAAGGAGGGCAGCCACUGCCCGCCGGCAGCACCUCAAGAGUGCUAUGCUCCAGCUUGCUGUCAGUGAAAUAGAGAAAGAAGCAGCUGCUAAGGAGGUGGAAAAGCAAAACUACCUGGCAGAGCAUUGCCCUCCUCUGUCACUCCCAGGAUCCAUGCAGGAACUUCAGGAGCUGUGCAAAAAGCUUCACGCCAAGAUAGAGGCAGUGGAUGAGGAGAGGUAUGACACAGAGGUGAAGCUCCAGAAGACAAACAAGGAGCUGGAAGACUUGAGCCAGAAGCUCUUUGACCUGCGGGGCAAGUUCAAGAGGCCACCCCUGCGUAGGGUGAGGAUGUCGGCCGACGCCAUGCUGAGAGCCCUGCUGGGCUCCAAGCACAAGGUCUGCAUGGACCUCCGAGCCAACCUGAAGCAGGUCAAGAAGGAGGACACUGAGAAGGAGAAGGACCUCCGCGACGUCGGGGACUGGAGGAAGAACAUCGAGGAGAAGUCUGGCAUGGAGGGCAGGAAGAAGAUGUUUGAGGCUGGGGAGUCCUAAGCACCUGCCUCUCCACAGCUUUCCUUUGCUCCCUCCUGUCCCUGCUGUCCCCCCCUGGGC